GCCAACUCGCGCGCGCACACGCACACAAAAUGGGCCGCGAUUCUCCGCACCGCGCUCGCCUCGCUCGCGCCCUCGCCCCCCUCCGCUUUAUUAUCGUAGCCCUCAACAUGCUCGCUCUCGCGCGCGUCUCCUCCCCUCUCUUCUCCCCCCUCAAAACCCUAACCCUAACCCUAACCCUCACUCCUAAACCCCUCACUUGCCCCCUCUGGUCCUCCUCCUCCUCCUCCUCCUCCGGCUUUUGCCUCCCCCGAGGCCCCGAAUCCACAACCUCCCCCCUCUCAGCCGGGUUCUGCGCCGCCGCGCUCUCUCCUUCGCCUCCUCCUCCUCCUCCCAUGGCGGCGGCGGGGGCCGACGAGGGGCUCGACUCGAACCCUCUUCUUCGCGAUUUCGACUUCCCCCCCUUCGAUGUCGUCGACGCGAAGCACGUGCGCCCGGGGAUCCGAGAGCUGCUGCGGAGGCUUGAGGCCGAUCUGUUAGAGCUCGAGAGGACGGUGGAGCCGACGUGGCCGACGCUGGUGGAGCCGCUGGAGAGGAUCAUUGAUCGGUUGCAGGUGGUUUGGGGGAUCGUGAACCAUCUCAAGUCCGUAAAGGAUUCUCCCGAGCUCCGUUCGGCCAUCGAAGAAAUCCAGCCUGAGAAAGUGAAGUUUCAACUGAGAAUGGGACAAAGCAAACCCAUUUAUGAAGCUUUCAAGUCUAUAAGGGAUUCUUCAUCUUGGGCGACCCUUAGCGAUGCUCGUAAGCGUAUAGUAGAAGCUCAAAUUAGGGAAGCUAUUCUCAAUGGUGUUGCGCUUGAGGAUGAACAGAGAGAGAAAUUUAAUGAAAUUGAACAAGAGCUUGAGAAAUUAUCACGGAAGUUCAGUGAAAAUGUUUUGGAUGCUACAAAAAGGUUUGAAAAGUUAAUUACGGAUAAGAAGGAGAUUGAUGGUUUACCAGCUACAGCACUUGGUCUUGCAGCACAGACGGCUGUAGCGAAGGGGCAUGAGAAUGCUACCGCAGAAAAUGGACCUUGGAUUAUCACAUUGGAUGCACCAAGCUUCAUUUCUGUUAUGCAACACGCACGAAAUCGAUCUUUGCGUGAAGAAAUUUAUCGAGCCUAUGUAACCCGUGCCUCUAGUGGUGAACUUGAUAACACUGCUAUUAUUGGUCAAAUUCUAAAGCUUAGGUUGGAGAAGGCUAGACUUCUUGGUUACAAGAAUUAUGCAGAGGUAAGCAUGGCAACGAAAAUGGCUACAGUUGACCGAGUAGAAGAGCUUCUUGAGAAACUACGUAGUGCUUCUUGGGAUCAUGCUGUUCAAGAUAUGGAAGAUAUCAAGACAUUUGCAAAGGAUUCUGGUGCUCCUGAAGCCAAUGAGCUGACCCAUUGGGACAUUAACUUCUGGAGCGAAAGGCUGCGAGAGUCUAAAUAUGAUAUAAAUGAGGAAGAACUGCGUCCCUAUUUUGCACUACCCAAGGUUAUGGAGGGCCUUUUUAGCCUCGCACAUAAGCUAUUCGAUAUCAUCAUUGAACCGGCGGAUAGACUGGCUGCUGUUUGGAACAAUGAUGUCAGAUUUUAUUGUGUGAAAGAUUCUUCCAACAGUCCGAUUGCCUACUUCUAUUUUGAUCCUUAUUCCAGACCAUCUGAGAAACGUGGUGGAGCUUGGAUGGAUGAGGUGUUUGGUCGCAGUCAUUUACUUGCACGCAGUGGUGCCCCUGUCAGGUUGCCUAUUGCUCAUAUGGUGUGCAAUCAAAUGCCGCCAGUUGGGGACAAGCCCAGUCUGAUGACUUUUCGUGAGGUUGAAACUGUGUUUCAUGAAUUUGGCCAUGCCCUUCAACAUAUGCUUACGAAACAAGAUGAAGGCUUAGUAGCUGGAAUUCGGGGAAUUGAAUGGGAUGCUGUUGAGCUGCCUUCUCAGUUCAUGGAAAAUUGGUGCUAUCAUAGAGACACCCUUUUGAGCAUUGCAAAGCAUUAUGAAACUGGCGAAUCUCUUCCUGAAGACGUGUAUUUGAAGCUUCUUGCAGCAAAAACUUUCCGUGCUGGUUCUUUCAGUCUUCGGCAGAUACGAUUUGCUAGUGUAGAUUUGGAACUGCACACUAAGUAUGAUCCUGAUGGACCGGUAUCCAUAUAUGAUAUUGAUCGGAGAGUUGGGGAGCGGACCCAAGUUAUUCCUCCUCUCCCAGAAGACAGAUUUCUUUGCAGUUUUAGCCAUAUAUUCGCAGGUGGAUAUGCAGCUGGAUAUUACAGCUACAAGUGGGCCGAGGUGUUGUCAGCUGAUGCUUUCUCAGCAUUUGAGGAUGCUGGAUUAGAUGAUGACGAGGCUAUCAAGGAAACCGGGCAUCGAUUUAGGGAGACAAUUCUCGCACUUGGAGGUGGACGGUCUCCGCUUGAGGUUUUUGUUGCUUUCCGGGGGCGAGAACCUUCACCAGAACCAUUGCUCAGGCACAAUGGCUUGUUGCCGAUUGCCGCCUCUGCUUUAUAGCCGCCUUCGUUUUCAUUAACAUGUUUGUUGCAAGUUUCCUUUCGAAUAAUGUAUUCCUUCUUCCCUUCUAGGCGAUUAUUGUUAAACAUUUCCCCGAAAUGAACGGCAUAAUUUAUGCAUCAUCAAAAUCUCGUCUGUCAAACUGGCCUUGGCUUAGGAAGGUGUUAUUUAACGUAAUUUUGUUUACUCGGUUGGAGUCGGAAUUGUAAACUGUGAUAUUGUUUUGUUUUGUUUUCCUUUAUUGGGUUUCAUAAUUUAUGGUAAAAUCAAUGGGUAGUAAUUC